UCUCUGAGCAGGAAAUCCGACUGAAUGAACAGAGAUUUGAAAAGCUCCUGAAAACAUUAUCCUCCAUCUCCAAACAGCUGAAAGCUCAGCUGCAGAGGAAGACCCUACUGUUAGAUUCAUUCCCGAUGGUGAUUGACAGCCAGACUUGCCAUAGCCAGAUCACAGUGACCUCAGCGGGGCGGGGCAUGUCCUUCUCAGGCUCUGCCGGUCCAGCCCCGGAGCGUCCUCUUCAGUUUGAUAAGGUGUGCUGCGCUCUGGGCUGCUCUCCUGUCACAGCCGGUCAGAGUUACUGGGAGGUAGACGUCCACUGCUGCUCUGCCUGGGCCGUGGGCGUGGCAUACGCCAGCCUGGAGAGGAAGGGCCGGGACAAGGGUGCUAAACUGGGCCGAAACAGGAACUCGUGGUGCGUGGAACUUCGUAACGGCCACCUUUCAGCUUGGCACAACGACCGGCACGUAGCGUGCCAGGGCGUCGGGAAGAUGCCGCUGGGGAAGGUCGGAAUGUGGGUGAAUUAUGACAAGGGCCAGCUGAUGUUUUACAAUGCUGAGACCAUGGUGGUCCUGCAGAGGUUCUCUGCAGCCAUGAUGCCGGUGUUUGACAGGGCUCAUCAUCAGUUCACUGAGCCCCUGUACCCCGCCAUACGCUUCCUGAAACCACCAGAGAACCAGAUGUGGCCAAAUCACCUGGAGCUCUGUCAUCUCAUCUCCAACACUCUGUGAUACUGCUUGCAUACUUCUAGUAUGUGGACAGAAUGUGUGUGGUCUCUCUUCCAUCCAUGUACAUAUACACACCAUUAAAUCAGAGCAGCUGUACAGUAGAAUACAUCCCAGUGCAGACACAAACC